UUCCUGUUCCUCAGAAGGGACUUUUUUUUGACUGCCUGCUUUCUGGGUUGGAUAAAGAGGUGAUGUUACUGUUUUAAAGCUGAAGGAAGACCAGCUCUUGGCAGUGGAGAAAGUCUUCCCAAGCAGAAUGUGCCGACUCCUUCUCCUUACAUUUUGGAUGCGAUGAGUGGUGACGUCCACAGGAUUCCUGUUGUGUCUAGUCGAGAUUUGCAAAAGAGUGACUGCAACCACAGGUGAUGCCAUGGAAGUCUCCUCCCCACCCCAGUUUCCUGACUCCUUUCCUAGUAACUGACCUGUUCCUGCACUGUUCAGAAGAGGGAAGGUUUUACUACCCCAGAUACGAAGUGCACUGUGUCUGUCCUCCACUCUGCCCUUACUUGGUCUCCUACAGUACAUGGCUACGUUCAAGAGCAUUCUCUAAGUAGAUGGCUCUCAGGGAAAAAUUUGUGCUAUAGAUAGAGCAGCCGCUUGUAGUGAUUUCCAAACUAUUUUCUUAUUUCCUUGAGGAAGUGAUUUCAGAAGCCCAGAAGAUUGUGGAUUCUUGAUUAGAUGCUCAGAUGAAACAUCUUAUAUCCUUAUUCUCCCAGUCCCUAUCAGCUUUCAUCAUUCUAGCCAAUGUUUUCAUUAUACUUGGGAUCCUCUUCAAUCGCAAGCUCCAUGGUACCAUCAACUGGUUCUUCCUGAGUCUGCUCAUUGCUGAUCUCUUGGCUGGGGGAGCCCUUCCCCAAAUCUCCAAAAUGUCAUUUGAGAAUGAUGUGAGCUCCCAUUGGUGUUUUGCAUGUUAUGCUAUGCCCAAUUUCCUUUUCCUCUCUUUUUUAGCCAAUCUGCUGGUGAUGCACUAUGCUAAAUAUACAUGCAUCAGUUAUCCAUUGCACUACCACCAGUCCUGGGUUUAUCGUUGGGCUGGUCUUUACAUAUGCUUAGCAUGGGUGUCUCCCUUGAGUUUUGCCUCCAUGCCAUUGGCUUGGUACCAAUGGAACUCCAAUGAGACUUCUUGCUCUGCUGAACAAAUCUUAUCCUGGCCUUACCUCUAUGUGGAAACCUAUGUGUUCAUCAUCCCAAUCAUCUUUGCAAUAGCUGUAAUGGGUAUCCAACUGCUCUGCAUAGCCCGAAAGCAGCUUAAAAACAUUAAAAAACUGCUUAAUUCAGUGAAUCAAAGUCAGACCCCGUCAGAUUUGGAGCAACAACUGGAACUGAGGCAUGCAAAGAGUAUUGCCAGUGUAUCUCUCAUCUUUCUGGUGUGCUGGGUGCCAUAUAUUGUUUGUUUGAAUAUCUCGUUGCAUUUAGAAAUAAAGGGUAACAACACCCUUCCUAUUGUUAUCUGCAUAGGCACUGCCAGUGCUGCUGUAGUACCCAUCAUUCUCAGUCUUAGCAAUCGUCAAUACACCGAAUUUUGGAGUGACAUGGCCAUGAAAGCCUAUAGAGCCUGCUGCCGAAGACAGGGGUGCAAACAAAAACAAAAUAAUCAGCCCCGUGGCAAUAACACUGAACCUCCGACAAAUCCAGUCUGAUACUUUCCAGUGGGAAGUCAUCAAAUCCCUCAUCUACCCAUUCAGCAGCACAAAUACUUCAAUUUUCUCCCUUCAGCUUGGAAUGAAAUUGGAAUGUUUGCUUCCAAUUGUGGUUCCCCACAACCCAGUUCAGAAUUCUGCUGUUUGUUGGGGAUCUAAUACGCAUGCCAUUCAAAAAUUCAUAAAAUGGAUGAAGAAAGAGAAAGGACAUUUCUUUUUCUCUUCCUUUGAUUUGCUAUCAAAAAAUGGAAAAGUUGAAAAUCAAUGAACACAGUUGUGAAUAGAUUCUCCCACACAGCUCUAUUGAAAUCCCCUCCUCCUGAAUCGCUGCCUUUUAGACCUGCUGCUCACAUUAACCACCCCCCUUUCUUCUUCCAUGGAAGGAAGUCCCUUGUUCUCCACUGUAAGAAUCUCAGAAUAGACGAUAACAACUGAAUUUCAGCAACCUUAGCUACAAUCCUUGUUCCUUAAAUUCCUUGCAGUGCAGUUGAAGGAUAUUGAGAAGUCAUUUAGAUAUUUGUAAAUCCAGUAGCUGGGUUGAAUCAUAGGUUCUUUAUAUAAAUAUGUCAAAAUGGGAUCAGCUUGCACAAGCAGACUAAACCAAAGCCAAACAUUGAUCGCAUUCUAAAAUCAGAUCUGUACAAUGUUAAGAUCUUUGUUGAAAAGAUUUAGAUUCAUUCACUAUGAAGGCAUGCAAAGUACAUAAAUAAAUCUUCCACUUCCCAUUAAUCUUGAUUUGGCUAUCUCUCACAACCCCGUGAGAUAGGCAGGGCCCAAUUAGUCUUAUUUUUACAGAUGAGGCAAACUACAUUGAAGCACACCUCCAUUUUCUUGGUGUUCUCAAGAUCAUCAACAAUGCAUGGCAGCCACUGUAGUAGAGAUUGAAUUGUUUAUGUCUAUAGUUGAUGCUGGAGACUUUUAAGGGCUGAAACAGGUGAGGAAGGCACUAGUGUUGCUUCACCGAAUCAGAACUCUUGAACCAACCCUGAGCAGGAAACUCCCAACUCAAGGCUGGGAAUGGAAUGGACAAAUGUUCACUGACUGAAAAUACUAAGAUAAAAAGGCUAAGAAUUUAUACCUUAAAGCUAAUACUGUAUGCUGGGCUCCUUAGAUGUCGUUUUCAAUAAAAGAACUUUUUAAAGCUGUCUUAAGUCAAUGAAGCUUCUGCUAACUACUAAAUGGGGGGAGGGGGGUUAAGUUCCUAAGAAACAAGGGUGAUUAUAGCUGUGCUUGGUGUGAACCAUGAUGAUAAAGGCUGCCAAUAGAGGCAAGAAAUAAUUAAAGAUUGAUGACUUGGUGACAAAUUUCAUUAAGUUGAGCUUGGGCUGUUUUUUAGCCUGCGGGUUCAUUUAAACUCCAUUUAUCUUUUUCUGAGAAGAAGCAGAUGCUUGUAAGAAGGUCAGAAGUAUACUGGGUUGCCAUUUAUGCUUAUUAAUACCUAUGACUAAGAGACAUAAUGUCUUCAUUAAAGAGGUAAUCUAGUUCUCAUGACCUUAAUUGGUCUAAUUCCCUUUUAAAGCAAGAUUGGGAGCGAUUACUACCUCUUAUCCUGCGAUCUUUUAGAUUAGGAAUUCCCACUUUCCAUCUUUAGUUAGAAAACAUCAAGCCAAUUUCCUAUUUCCUUCAUCCUUGCAUAGAGCAGUUUGGGGUUAGCAAACUCAGGCCUGGCUGCUGGGCCUCCAAUCACAUAUAAUAAAAACUAAAUGUUUCUCAUUUUUUUUAACCCUUUACCAUAGAUCUGAUGAUGCAAAGCAUACAUGGAACAAUGAUAUUUAUUAUAGUUAAGAAUAUUCAAAUUCAAAUAAUUUUAUUGCAGUCAUUAACCAGCAGAAAAUUAAGAAUAUUGAACCUGUUGAUUUCUUCAUACUAUGAACUGAAUCUUAUUCAAUGCAAAGAAUGUCAAAAGAUCAGAAAAUCUCAUAGGACAGUUUCAUUAAGGGCUUUAUAUGGUCAGAUUAUGUAAAAAAAAAACAGUAAUCAAUCCAAUGAUCAAUGUUGGGGAAACUGACUUUUGUUGGUUUCACAACAGCUUAGAAAGGAUAAGUAUUUCAAGGAUAGUCUCUACUGAGAAAUUCUGGUUAACUCAACACAUUGUGAUAUUAAUGUGUACACUGUUUGGGGGAUAUACAUAUUUCUGUUUUCCAGUCAACGAUAACAUUUGAAAACAGUAGGUGAAGUCUGAAAACAGAAUCCAAAGGAUGAUUAUAUCAGAUGAGAUCAAAAAUCCUCUUAAGCACAACCCACUAGAUUGCAAGGCAAGCCAGAAUUGGAAAUAUUGGGCUCCACCUGACGGAAAACAAGACAUCCAGGCAGCAUCAAGGACGCUUUUAUAAAUAAACUACCUUCUAAGCCCUACCAGCCAAAAGUCUGAUGCUGCAAGGGCUCCCUGGUGAGACUGGAGUAAAAGUAAUUUGGGCAAUGAGCUGUACUGGACCACUCCUGCAAACCCAACAGGCAGCAUAGUUGGAGUUGCCUAGAAAAAAGUCAUUGAGAAAAUGGAAGGCAUUGGACAACGGCACUACUUUCCAGACUACAUCUAACUAACUUGUUUGGUAGCAAACCCUGAUCACCCACAGCUAAGAUGUUUCAUUCUAGCUUCCACUUUUCUAGCUGAGUAGGCUCUUAAAUAUCAACCUUGCAUAUUGUAAUAGUUCCUUACCAUCCCCACCACCCGAAGCACAUUGUAGAACUGCUUUUAUAUUGUUAGCCUUUUUAGCUUCUCUUUCGGUCUUGAAUUAAAUUUUUCUGAACAUCAAGGAAAACACAGUACUUCCCACCCCAUUGUUCAGGUAUCUUUACCCAACUAUCCUAAGAGAUUUUCAGGCAAAAUGAAUGACUGCAUGGUUCCACUUGAUGCACUCCUCACUGUUAUAUUUCUGGUAUGAGACAAUGCAACAUCUGUAUAUUUUUCCCUCUUGCCCAUUUCAGGACAAUAGGCUAGUCUUUGGCUACCACACAAACUAGCUAUCUAGUCCAUGCAACCAUGGUCUAGCAAGCCACAAAUUCAAACAAGCCCUUCAAGAUGACAAUCUUCCUUUUUAUUUUGUCCUAACAUCUAGAGAUGUAACAACAAGCUGUCUUGUUAUUGUCACUGAGAGGUCCAUGUAUUCAAGUCCAGGAUGACCUGCUCAGUUUCCACUAGAGUUCCAAAGCCUGUGCAUCAUCUCAGGAACAUCAUUUGAUUGGCUUUGAA